CACAAAUACCCUGGGUACCUACCUAGGUUGACGAUUGUACAGCUCGCCCGCCCCCAGUCUUGUGUCUGUUACGUCGGUACCGCCUGGGUACCCGAUACGGUACCUCACUUAGAGGUACUGGUGCGCUAUCACUUAUCGCUGUCCAUCCAGCAGUCCACCCACUCCUUCCUGCGGCGUCCCUCGAUCCGCAUCACCCAUCACCGCGACCGUCGACCACGGCCAACCGACCACCCAGACACUCCCACGACAGGACCACACCCAUUCCCCCCCGUUGCGUCAGGUCCCCAUCCACUCAUCAUCCGCAACAUCUCCUACCAGCACCGCCCUUGGGCCCUUCAGAAUUGCCUCCCUCGGCCGGCUCUACCGAACUACCUUUGCGUCUCUCUCCCCCCAUCCCAUAUCGCCCGUUCAUCUCUCCAUCCUCCGAGUCAAGGUCACAGCUUCGGUCUCCCUCUCCGCUGUCUCCGGUCUCGCACCCUCAGGUUCCGAUCGCCAUCGGCGGGAUCCAUCGCGUCUUUGACAUCUAUCGCCAUAUACCACAUCCAUACACCCGACACCAUACCAACUUUCGCCGCUUCCGCAUGAACUGCCGUAUGCCGGUCCGCCGACCAUCGCGUCAUCCUAUUGCUCUCUCGACCCGUUUCUCAUAGACGCUACCUAGUACAAAUCCGCCAUCCUAUACAGAUCAAUCGCACAACUAGAUAUAACCCAGCCGCAACCCUCGCUGUUGUCGAACCGAUUGAUACGGACGAGGCCAGCCUGCGGCCGAUCGGGUCUGAGUCAUUGACUUGACGUAGGACGUCAGUCUGCCGCGGUGGAGGAAGAGCAGCUGUCAACAACCACGCUUCCGUACUGAUAGCAGACGUCCAGGUACAACAGUGUCGGUGUCGGAGCUUGGACCCUAUUCUACUGUGUCCUGAGCCUUCAUCCGUCCGUCGUUUCCUCCAUCAACCUCAGCUGCUCGACUGCCUGUUCGUUCUGCCGUUCUUCCGCUCUUUUUCGCAUCGACGGUUCCAUCAGCCACCCGUUCGGGCUCACCUAGGCAUCCCGUCCUCUCCGACUCCUCCAGACUUUGAAACGAUUGUACUGAGCUCGACCCCCCUUCGCACCUCCUCUUCCAUCCCAUACCACCGUAUACUCUCUCUUGGCUCCACCCAGUCUCAUCGUCGCCUGGCUGUCCAUCUGCCAUCCCCAUCCAAGCCUGGCGCAUGACAGAUUCGAAGAACCAUCAAGGUACUUCGUACUCGAACCUCUUCCCUCGACCACGCAUUUGCCGUUUCAUCUUUGGCUUCGACACAUCCUCGACCUAUCAUCUCCACCUGCAUCAUUGCAUAACCGAACGCAAUCGGCCUUAUUCAUACAAACUUCUCUGCUUCUGCCUAGAGCUCCUCUUCAUCAUCCUCACCACCUCAACCCCGGAUCGAUAGCACCAUACUAUUUGGCGUAUACAUGCCUGCCAGACUUGAGGUUGACGUCUUCCGAAUAGUUUAGUCCCUUGGGCUACCUACCUUUACACUGACUUCCCGUCAUCAACACAUACACCAGGAAGCCAUGUCGGACCGAACGUCUGCUUCCUCGUCUUCGAGGAGGACGAAGCAGAACUACGAUGCCAUUGGAUCCUUUGUCAUUGACCAAGAGAUAGGAAAAGGAAGCUUUGCAAAGGUUUAUCUAGGUCGACAUAAGGUCACUGGCGCAUUGGUUGCUGUCAAAUCCGUUGAGCUCGCCCGCCUAAAUAAGAAGCUGAAGGAAAACCUGUACGGGGAGAUCCAAAUUCUCAAGACCCUCCGACACCCUCAUAUUGUCGCGCUCCAUGACUGCGUUGAAUCCUCUACCCAUAUCAAUCUGAUCAUGGAGUAUUGCGAACUCGGUGACUUGUCGCUGUUCAUCAAGAAGCGAGACAAGCUCAUAACAAACCCCUAUACGCACGACCUUGCGCGAAAGUACCCCGUCUAUCCGAACGCCGGCUUGAAUGAGGUAGUGACUCGCCACUUUCUGAAACAGUUGGCGAGCGCAUUACAGUUUUUGCGCGCUGGGGAUUUCGUUCAUCGAGACGUCAAGCCCCAGAAUCUUCUUCUGCUUCCCUCUCCUCAUAUGAUGGCGAACAACAAGACGGCAAAACACAUCAUGAGUGGCAGCUAUGACUCCUUUACGCCUGCUGCCGGCCUAGCCUCGGCCCCGAUGCUGAAGCUUGCCGAUUUUGGUUUCGCCCGUGUGCUGCCGUCGACAUCCCUCGCCGAGACACUGUGCGGCUCUCCUCUUUACAUGGCCCCAGAAAUUUUGCGAUAUGAGAAGUACGAUGCGAAGGCCGAUUUGUGGUCUGUGGGCACGGUAUUGUACGAAAUGGUAACCGGAAGGCCGCCUUUCAAAGCCAGCAAUCAUGUGGAACUUUUGAGGAAAAUCGAAUCAUCGGGCGAUGUGAUCAAGUUCACAAGGGAGAGUGUGGUUAGCCAAGAGAUGAAAGGCCUCAUCCGCGCUCUCUUGAAGAAGAACCCGGUGGAGAGAAUAAGCUUUGAAGAUCUAUUUAACCAUCCUGUUGUCACAGAACCUAUUCCAGGACUUGUGGAAGACGACAUUCCCAAGCCACCACGUCGCCGGUCCUUGAAGGAGGAAAGGCCUGUUAGUCGGGCGGAAGACUCGCUCGUACCCUCGCGAAAGCAAUCUCUCAGAAAGGACCUGGCAGACCGCGAGGGUGCUCCUCAGACAGCUGGUCCCUCUUCACCAAAACCUCGCCGAUCGUCGCCUUUAGCGACCCCUAACGAACCCGUCGAGAUCAGUAAACCAAACUACUUCCAGAUACCACCGAGAGAAGAUCGCCUCAGCUAUUCUCCUCGAAAGGAAGCUGCUGAUGGGCUAGGGAUUAAGCGCCCGCAAGUUCAACCGUCAACGUCUGCUCCAACCCGUCCAUCUUCGUAUGUAGACCGACGACAUCGCUCAUCAAAUGCCUCGCUCAGGGCUCCUGUCCGAGAAGCAAACCCUCCUCCAAAUGAUGUCACAAGGACAAAACCCAGAGGUAUGGGCACCAAACCCAUGACAGAGGAGGAGAGGGCAGCCCAGGACAUUGCGUUUGAACGCGAUUAUGUGUUGGUGGACAAGAAGCAUCUCGAAGUGAACGCACUUGCGGACCAAAUAUCAAUGUAUCCGCAACAGCCCCAGUCCCCAAAGUCAGCGCAAAUUGUUAGACGCGCAACUCAACAAGGCUCACCCACCUCGACGAGUGGCGCAGUUCCGAGCCCACCUUCUAGAGCACUUCAGUUGGCCCAGGGUCAUAGCCGUCAAGGGUCCUACGACAAGGCACUUGGCACGAGUCCCAGCAAGGCGACUUCAGUGAUAUCCAAGGCUAUUCAGGAUGCAAGCUUGCGGUUAUUCGGAUUCAAAUACGCCCCUCACCUACUAAGCAAAGGUCCAUCUCCUGUUCCGAUGUACAACCCAUUCCCGACGUAUCCAGCCCCUAAUACCCCCACCGGCUUGAUUUCAGAUGGGAAGCAAGGCACCCCCGUGGACGAAGACUCCCGUGUGGCCCAGUGCAUAGAGGAUCACGCAACACGGAGCGAUGUCGUGUACGGAUUUGCCGAAGUCAAGUACAAGCAGCUUGUCCCGCUCGCUCCCUCGAUGGACCAUGGUCUUGGUGGUGCGCCCAUUGAAAAAUCGGCGGAGGAGGAUGGGCUUACAGCCGAAGCUAUCGUCUCGUUAUCCGAAGAGGCGCUGGUUCUGUAUGUCAAGGCGCUCACCCUUCUGGCCAAGUCGAUGGAUAUCGCCAGUCUCUGGUGGUCACGGAAGAACAAGGUUGAGUCGACCAAUAGUAUCACUUCGGCAGCACGGGAUUCAGCAAACUCGGAGGCCCUGGCUCUCAGGAUCAACGGCGCUGUCCAAUGGAUCCGUUCACGCUUCAAUGAAGUCUUGGAGAAAGCCGAGAUUGUUCGACUCAAGCUGGCUGAGGCACAAAAGCGACUACCUGAAGAUCAUCCCAGUCACCCAAACAACCAUGCGAACGACUCGACCGCUUUGAACAGUCUCAGCACUGUCGGCGUGUUCUUGAGCGAGGGUAUCAGUGCAGAGAGGCUGAUGUACGAUCGCGCCAUCGAGAUGAGUCGUGCUGCUGCCAUCAAUGAGAUCGCCAACGAGGAUCUCCCUGGAUGUGAGAUUUCUUACAUCACAGCGAUUCGUAUGUUGGAAGCUGUUCUGGAUCAGGAUGACGACCACCUUCCAAAACGAAAGGUUUCUGGCGCAUCGAAGGAGGAGAAGACUGGCGCCAACGAGUUAUCAGACGAGAUGAAUAACGAGGACAAGCAAGUCGUCCAAAAUGUGAUCAAUAUGGUCAACAACCGACUUACGGUCCUUAGGAAGAAGUUACGUCUGAUUGAAUCAGCUUCGAAAGCACAGCAACAAGAAGAGCAAAAGCAACAGAAUCUCAUGCGUCGGCGCAGUGGAGAAAUGACAUCCCGGAGCGUCCCUGCUUAGCAAAACUAUGCGUUACCUUACGAAUGAACGACACAGAUCCAAAACCGAAGAUAUCAGCAUUACAAAGCUCAUAUGCCCCACGGCUGCUAGUAUACUUGGAUCGCGCCUUUUUGGCCUCUCUCCACUUCACUCUCAUCUUUGUUAUUUUCAUCUACUUGUUUUCUUGUUAUCGUGCUACAUAUCAUACCAGGAGUUAGGGUUUGCGCUUAUUUGUUCAUCUUUUCCUUGUCGUCCACCAUGUACUAGCUCUCAGGAGAUGGUCUGGUUUGACAGUACACAUUGCGCUGGCGCCAGAGGCUCGGGCGUAUCUCUCCAUUGUCGAAGACAAUACCAAGCUUGGGCGCUUGGCAGAGCUUCAGUGGAAGAACUUGAAAUUACCUUCGGACGGUUUACAAUAACAGAGGCGUUUGAGGAAGGAAUACAUUUUUGGGGGGGAUUUCUACUACCAGAUUGUUGUCAAGACAGUAUUUUUCGGAGUGUUAUGUUAGCGGCUUCCUUUGACUUUUGUUUUACUUUCAGUGUGUUCUAAUAUCUUUUUUCUUUUCUCUUCUAGGAUCCUUUGAUGUCAGGUUUCGGUUGUUACUAGCAAGUUCAUGCAGUUCGUGGUUACUGGCACAUAUCAUGCUCAGUGCCUAUCAUUUGGAUGGGACAAUAAACAUACAAUUUAUAUCUCCACGCCUCCCUGUUCCCACAUGUUGAUCAGAUCAUGGUCUUUCAGCCUGCCCAUGUUGUAUAUUGUCAUUUCGUCGGUGGCUAGCCACGG